AUGCCUCACCGAGCAGGAGGCGGAGAGCAAGGAGAUGACAUCAUGAACAUGAAGUUCAUGGAAAACGUGCCCGAAGUCGGUGAAGUGCCAACAGAUGUCGUUCGUCAAUCGUGUAAGAAGCUGUGUUCAGAUGGACCACCCGCUGACCUGAGUAAUGAAAAAGAUGGCGAAUUUUCUGGAAAGAGUUCUGAGCACGAGAAAAUUGGCGAAGAGUCGAAUGUCUAA